CAAUCAAUGCCAGUUAGUCUGGUGACUUUGUCGAUCGUGUAAAAGCAAAACCAUUAAAACAUUUUUUUAAGACCUUAAUCAAUCAUGGAAAGCAAGCCAUGGUUUUGUUAUAAAAGAAAGAAAGGAGGUAGGUUAACAACAUGGUGUAUUUUCAUUUCUCUUUUUCCAAACAUGGAAAGCAAAGCCAUCUGUUUCUGCAUCAGAGUGCGCAAAAGCAAGAGCAAGGAAAGCAAAGUGAAAGAUUUAGAGAAACUCUCCCAUGUCAAGCCUAAUCACAAGGGAAAAACCAAAGGGUGUACUUCAACAACUCCUGUUGGUGAUGGUGGUGGCAUCAAUGUUCAUGGAGCCAACACAGUUGCUAACAAUGAUGUAGGAGUAGCUGCUGCUGAGAUGACUGCAGCUCAUACCUCUUUGAUGAGUGCCAAUGGAGUUCAAGAUGGAAGUGGUCAUGGUCAUGGGGGUGAAUCUGGGGCAGAUGGUGAUGUUGGCUGAAAUUUCAUACUAAAAUAUUUUUGUGAAGCAGAAAACUUAGAUGCAGUUCUUUAAAUGUUUUUGGAUGUUUUUGGUAUUGUUAUUGAAUUAUAAUUGUUGAUCUUUAAUGCAAACAUUUGUCGCACAUGUUAUUGAAGUGAAACUCCAAUUCUGAUAAGAAAGUAAGACAAAAAUGCCUUAGGAACUACUUCUAAGCUUUAUCAUUCUUUUAA